AUGAGAUGCUCAAUCUUAUGCAGUUCUCGACCAGAUUUUUGUUUGUCAGUGAAGAUCGGCCCAGAUGGCGUUGAAAAAGCUGUUCUUGGUACUUAUAUUAACACAAUAAACCAACAAUUCCUUAUUCAAGACAAUAACAUCAUUUCUCUUAAAACAGGUCAUUUACUAACAAAUGAAGAUCCCCUUGUUUUCACCCCAAGGACUAGCGAUAGCAAACAAAUUUAUCAUAUAAAUUCUGACGGUACUAUUUCAAAUGCCAAUGGCUUAGUUCUUGAUAUUAGGGCAGAAAAAAUAGUCCAAGAUACAGAUAUCAUUCCAUUUCCAAAACAUGGAAGAUUCAAUCAAAUAUGGCGUGUUGUUUCAAUACAAGAUGAUUAA